AUGGGUCAUGGUAAACUGAGCUCCAAUCAAGACGACGCAUCACACAUCAGACUACAAGGUUACAAGGUUAGGUUCAUUUUUGGGAUUUCCACCACCUCCUAUUUGGGGUUCGUAGGGAGUGGAUCGCCCAUAAUUUUAAAUCCAUUGUAUAGAGUGCGAGAAUUUGAUGAGUUGUUGGAUUGCCUUCGACUUGUCUCUUUCGACUGCAUCUCAAUCCCGGUAUUUGAACGGUUUACUCAAUGGUAUGGGAAGGUAAACGAGGAGGCCGUCGCCUAUGUUCAAAAUCACGCAUUUUUCGAGUACGCAUGUGGAACUGGAAAACCAGUGUUCCUGGAAAACCAUGACUGCCUUUCAAGAGCGUUCACUACACAAUCGUUGACCCAACGUAUCAAUCAGUGUUUACCAACGAAUGCGGACAUGUCAAUGUCUGCCGUGCAAUGUGUGAAGGACUCACUGAGCCUUCAAUGUUCUCCUCCUGCUGGCUCAGUUGCCUGUGCAGCGGCAACCAACAUAGCCCUGAGGGCACAAGAAGUUAGCCCUAUAUGUAUCCAAGAAAUGAAUCUCAGAUGUUCCACAUCGUCGAUAUUCCUGUGGGUUCUUCAAACAUCAGAUUGUUGA